CAAUGUACCGGAAAUAACUCGAACUACUGCAGUGUGCAAUAUGUAGUUCCGCCUACCCCCUGUUUCCUGACGGAUUGCGCUAGACUCGUACACUUCCGGCGGAUUCUGGUGCCAUGUGGAGUAAAUGAUUUGACUGUAGUGCGGAUCUAUAGCAGUAAUUUUCAAGGUAAGCAUGGAGGAGAAAGAUCAGAAGAAGCAUAGAAAGAAAAACAGUGGACCAAAGGCAAACAAGAAGAAGCAGAAGCAACAAAGUGAUGGAGCUGCUGGUACAGAGGAAGAUGCCAGGAAACGCAACCCUAAAGCCUUUGCUGUGCGCUCUGCAGUGCGGAUGGCACGAAAUUUUCAUAGGACGCAGGAUAUCAAGACCAAAAAGCAUCAUAUUCCAGUAGUAGAUCGAACACCUUUGGAGCCUCCUCCUGUAGUUGUGGUGGUUGUUGGACCACCUAAAGUUGGAAAGAGUACAUUGAUCCGUUGCCUAAUCAGAAACUUUACCAAACAGAAGCUAAGCGAGAUCCGUGGACCAGUCACUAUUGUCUCAGGAAAGAAACGCCGGCUAACCAUCAUAGAAUGUGGCUGUGACAUUAACACUAUGAUAGAUCUGGCUAAAGUUGCUGACUUGGUGCUAAUGCUGAUAGAUGCAAGUUUUGGCUUUGAGAUGGAAACAUUUGAAUUCCUGAACAUAUGCCAGGUUCAUGGUUUCCCAAAAAUCAUGGGGGUUCUCACUCACCUUGACUCAUUCAAAAACAAUAAGCAACUUCGCAAGGUAAAGAAAAGACUAAAACAUCGAUUUUGGACUGAAGUUUACCAGGGAGCAAAGCUUUUCUACCUAUCAGGCAUGGUCUACGCAGAGUACCAAAAACAGGAAAUACGCAAUCUGGGGAGGUUUAUUUCUGUCAUGAAAUUUCGCCCUCUGGUGUGGCAAACUUCCCAUCCAUAUAUCCUUGCAGACAGAAUGGAAGAUCUAACAAAUCCAGAAGACAUUAGACAGGAUCCAAAAUGUGACAGGAAGGUGUCGCUUUAUGGCUACCUACGAGGAGCAUAUCUAAAGAAUAAGAGUCAAGUUCACAUACCAGGUGUUGGAGAUUUUGCCCUGAGUGAAGUGAGUUUUCUUUCUGAUCCCUGCCCACUGCCUGACAAGCAAAAAAAGCGAUCUCUGAAUGAGAAGGAGAAAUUGAUAUAUGCACCUCUCUCAGGAGUCGGAGGAGUUCUUUAUGAUAAAGAUGCUGUUUACAUUGACCUUGGACCUCAUCAUGUCCAGCAAGCUCAACAGCGUGCAGCAAAGCCCUCACAUGAGCUGGUUCAGAGCCUUAUUUCCACAAGCGCAACAAUUGAUUCAAAAAUGUCCUCAAGCAAAGUGUCUUUGUUUACGGACUCCAAACCACUGGGCCUGGAAGAUGUGGAAAAGAAAGAAUUUGUGAUGCCCUCAGAGGAGAAAGUGUUGGAUACUAAAACUGGCAGGAUCCGACGCAAGGCUGUCUUUAAAGGUAACAAGGGUGAAGAGGUUUCUUCUGAUGAUGGAGAAGAUGAAGGGGAAGAUGAUGAUGAUGAUGAAGGGGAAGAUGAUGAUGAUGAUGAAAAUAAUGUUAAGGAAAAUGAUGAUGAAGGGGAAGAUGAUGAUGAAAAUAAUGUUAAGGAAAAUGAUGAUGAGGAGUCAGAAGGUGAAGAAGAUCUUGAAAAAGAGCUUGAAGAAAGUGAUUUGAAAGAAAACACUUUAGACAACAUCCCAAGAACUUCUAAGCGGCCAAAGUUAGAAAAGACUAAUUUGCCAAAUACGUUAGAGAUGCCAGCAUUUGCUGACAGUGAUGAUGACCUUGAAAAGAGUGAAGAAGAAAACAGUGGCUCAGAAGAGGAGGACAAUGAUGAAGAGAGCGAAUGUGAGGAAGAGUCAUCAGAUGAUGAAGUGGAAGAAAAUAACGCCUCUACAAAGCCAAAUCAAGCAAAGAUCAAAGAAAGAAAAGCAACUCCUACAUUGGACAGUGGUAACUGUACAGAUGACGAUGGCAAUUCAUCUAAAUCUGAUGCAGUCGGCACGGAUUCUGAAGACGAACAGAAUGCUGACGAUUCGGGGGAAACAAGUGAAGAAGAUAAUGGUGACGAGGAAGAUUUACUGAAAGAGGACGAAGAGCAGUUUGAAGAAGACCUCUCAUCUGAUACAAUGGGUGCUUUAAAAUGGAAAGAAGAUUUGAAAAAGAAAGCAGCAGAAGCUUUUUUAAAUCAACAGCAAUCUGUUCCUAAUCUCCGCAAGCUUGUGUAUGGCACAGUGGCUGAAGUAGAGAAAGACAAAGAGGAUGUAAAUGAUGGUCAAAUUGGUGGCUUGUUCCAUGUGAGCCGUCCUGACAAAGAAUCUAGAAGGGCUGCUAAUUCACUGGACUGCUCAAAAUUCUUGAUUGAGAAGCCUCAAGACUGGGAUAAUGCUGAGGUUAUGGACUGUAUCCGGGAUUGUUUUGUUACUGGUAAAUGGGAGGCAGAUAAAGAUGCUGAGAAAUUGUUACAGGAAGAUGAGGACGCAUAUGGUGACUUUGAAGACCUGGAAACAGGGGAAGUGCACAAAGGGAAUCCAGAAUCUGAAGAUGAGGAGAUGGAAGAUAUGAAUGAAGAGGAUAAUAAAAAAGCAAAGCAGAAACCUGCAGAUGAAGAUGAAAGAAAGCAGCGCCUUGCGAAGAAACGGAAGCUAAAAGAGAGAUUUGACACUGAAUAUGAUGAGGGAGAUGCAGAUGCCACAUACUUUGAUGACCUGAAAGGAGAGAUGCAGAAACAAGCAGAUUUAAACCGUGCAGAAUUUGAAGACCAGGAAGAUGAUAUCCGUGUGCAAUAUGAAGGCUUCCGGCCUGGCAUGUAUGUCCGUGUUGAGAUUGAAAAUGUCCCAUGUGAAUUUGUGGUUAAUUUUGACCCUUGCUAUCCAUUGAUCCUUGGUGGACUUGGCAACAGUGAAGGGAAUGUAGGAUACAUCCAGAUGCGCUUGAAGAAGCACCGUUGGCACAAAAGGAUACUUAAGACGAAAGAUCCCUUGAUCUUCUCCCUUGGCUGGAGGCGCUUCCAGACCAUGCCUUUGUAUUACAUUGAAGACCAUAAUGGACGCCACAGGCUGCUCAAGUACACUCCUGAGCACAUGCACUGUGGUGCUACAAUUUGGGGUCCUAUCACACCACAAGGGACUGGGUUCCUCGCUGUUCAGUCUGUUAGUGGCACCACAGCGGACUUUCGAAUUGCUGCUACUGGUGUUAUUCUUGACCUAGAUAAAUCCAUCACAGUGGUGAAGAAGCUGAAGUUGAUUGGAUACCCUUGCAAAAUAUUCAAGAAUACAGCCUUUGUCAAGGGAAUGUUCAGUUCUACACUUGAGGUGGCAAAAUUUGAAGGAGCCUCUGUCAGGACUGUUAGUGGUGUCCGAGGGCAGAUUAAAAAGGCUCUGCGAUCCCCAGAAGGAGCUUUUCGGGCAACCUUUGAAGACAAGCUUCUCAUGAGUGACAUUGUUUUUCUGCGUACAUGGUAUCCAGUUUCUGUACCUACACUUUAUAACCCUGUCACGUCACUACUGAAGCCAGUAGGACAGAAAGAGACAUGGACUGGUAUGAAAACACUUGGACAGUUAAAGCAUGAACUUGGUAUCCGGCAGAAGCCACGGAAGGAUUCCCUUUAUAAGCCUGUUAUAAGACAAGUAAGACACUUUAACCCCCUCCACAUCCCCAAAGCUCUGCAGAAAGCACUCCCAUUCAAGAGCAAGCCCAAAUUUAUGAAAAAGAAGGGUAACGUUUCAAGAGACCAGGUGCGGCCUGCUGUGAUAAGAGAACCACAUGAGAGAAAGAUUACUGCUCUUUUGAAUGCCCUGGGCACAGUUAACAACUACAAGAAAGCUAAGGCUAAGCAAAAUCACCGGCAGCAGCGCACAAACUUUUUCCAGGAGAAGCAAAAAGAAGAGGAAGAAAAAAUUAAAAGGCAAAAAGAUGCCCGGAAAAAGCUUUUCCGAGCAAUCGGACAGAAAGAAAAGAAAAAACAAAAGUCAAGUCUCAAGGGCAGAGAAGAAACAAGAUGAAAGCUAUGAGCUCAUCAUUAAUAGCAGUGAUGUGAUAAUAGGGCUGCAUUGACAUACAUGCAGAUAAAGUUAGCAGAUUCUUAUUACUUCCUAAAGACUCACUGCAGUAUCAUUAGACAGUAUAUAUGGAUAUAUGUGAAGCUAAAGCUGUUGAUUACAAAUAGUUAAGUUAUGUUCAAGAGUAUUACUAAUGGAGUGUUAGAAGACAUCUAUCAUCUUCAGGGAAGUCAUUUACUAUUGUAAACUUCCUUUGGCUAGUAGGUUAUGGAAAAUAUUUUGAGAAGGGGUACCAAAACAGUUAACUUGCCAUGUAAUUUUUUAUUUUUUUUUUUAAUGAAUACAUGCAAAAUACCAACAUCUAAAAGCUGCGAAUUAUUAAGUGCAUAUUACAGCCAAGAUCCUUGUUUUUAAAGGGCUAAAGAACAGUUUGUACAGAACAGAACGCUUAAAUAAAUUCUUUUGAUUAUCUUUCA